CAUUUCUGUAGCAAAUAACAGCAAGCUACGAAUCGCCGAAUUUACUCUUUCCGCGAUGAAUCCUAACGAAGUAGUCUACAUUUCUAAUAUUCCCAAACAAACCUCACUAGCGGAGUUGCACAGUUUUCUAAAAUCAUCGGGCAAUGUGGUCGGUUCCACGUUCAUGCGUGAAAAUCGCAAUGAUUGCCGGACCAAGAUUGCCUUCGUGCUGUUCGAAAACGAAGCUCAAGCCGCGGAAGCUUGCAACUUGGACCAAACGCUCUUUCAGUCGCAUCGAUUGAGCGUUAUGAUGUCCAACGAUGAUCGCAAGUUUCUUGCUGGCUAUACAAUAGUAAUACAUGACACAUCUUCCGAUACAAGCGAAGAGGAUCUGUUCGAAGCGUGCUGUAGGUAUGGAAACGUCGAGACAGUACAAAUACCCACCAAUCACUAUGCAUUCGUCGGGUUUUCGGAACGAUCUGCUGCUCAUGCAGCGCACCGCAAGCUGGACAAUUCGAUGCUAAACCAGCACCAGGUAUCGGUGAAAGUUCUCGACGAGGAUGUACGGGUGCGGCUGGAAGAUUUGGAUAGCUAUAAAACUCCUCGUGUUUACAAUGAGCUGCUUCGUGCGAAGCAGCAGUACUUUGCUAACCUUCAAUCAAUCCGGAACGACAUGCAGCAGGAUAUGAUGAAUCAAGAGGAUGAUUUUCAAGACCAACAGUACAAUGAUGACAACGUCGACGAUGAUUUGUUGGGUCAGUUCAACCAAAACGAAUCCUGCGAUGAUUUCGUAUCAUCACAAGAUCAGCAUGCGUAUGAGGAAGACUAUAGUCCGCUGCUCGUUUAUCGACGCGAUGUUCGAUUUGGAAAGCUUCGGUUCCAAACGGACAAUAAGACGACUGUCAAAGUCGAAAAUAUUCCACGAGAAGUGUAUGACGAAGAUGUGGUAAUUUACUUUCAAAAAUUCGGUCCCAUCCGAAGCAUCGAGAAAGGUAUCUGUCUGAAUGCGCUGUUUUCGAAAAUUUACAUGAUCAACUAUCUGGAUGAAGAAUCCCAGCAGCGAGCUCUAAACUGCUUCUGCCGACAAGUGGUAUUGUCUGAUAUCAAUUGUACGCUUUUUACCAUGAUUCCCGGAGAGGCGCUUCAUCCGAUCAAAAAUCAAUCUGUCCUGAUUAACUUUGUACCGAGCUUUAUAUUGUACGAUGAAAUAAUACAGGCAUUUUCGGACAUUGGAAACGUGCUGUACGUCGAGAAGAAAGUUCGCAACAAUGGUCCGACGAUCGUGCAUUUUAGUCAUCAGAUCAACAUGAACGACGCGUGUCAAAUUGAUGAUAUUGCUGGCAUUAAAGUUUCCAUCGUUCCAGUGAGCCAAAAAGAGUUUGUAAGGUUUGCUAGCAGUUUGCCAGUGUUCCAAAGAGCCGUCAAGGGCAAGCUAACCGGUACACCCAAGGGCAACUAUCUGCAGGAAAUUGAAGCGAAAGAAGAACAAGAAAAAAAGGAUAACAUUACUUUCAAGACCGGGUUCGAUCCACACUACUACAACCCUAAUCCACAGAAGUACAGUUUUGAAGUGGUGCUUUACAACUGUCCCAAAAGCACAACGUUGGGACAGCUGAAAGGCUAUUUUAAUCGCGCCGGUGCAGUACUUGCUAUGCGCCAUGAACCGAGCAAAUUCGAUCCGAACACGUGGAAAGUGUUCGUCAGUUUUGCCAACUAUUUGGAAGCAUACCGAGCCAUAAGGUUGAAGGGUAAGUUUAGUGGAGAUUUAAUCUUCAAACACAUCGCUGCGGAAAGCCCCAGAUUGGACUGCGUGGAAGCUGUGAUGGUAACAGUUGAUUCAGAAGAAAAUCUUAGUGUGGCGCAAGUUGCACGUGGAUUUAUUAGAUGUGGAGGUUUAUAUUUUGCCGAGAAAACAUCUACAAACGAAUUCAUCAUCAUCUUUCGGGACAUAAAAGGAGCACAAAGAGCCUGCGAGAUUGCCACUAUUGAACGUCACCCAAUUGAUGUGUUCUGGAUGAAAGAUGUUUUGAAACAGAAAGGACGAAAGAAAAUAGUCGGAAUAAAUUUCAGUUCGUACUCCCAUUCGGGCGUAGAGGAAGAUGCCAAGGAUCACCGACCACGGGUACUGUUGUCCGAUAUAUUUGCUACCAAGGAGACGGAGGAACAGGAACCACCCCAACAGCAGAUUAUUGCACCAAUGACCAAAAGACAGCCAGAACCAUUAAUAGUGGAAAUCAUCAAUGAGCCUUGUGAAACACCCAAGGCGUCGACAAGCAGUGCCCCACCGCCAGACAUAAAGGGAGAGGAUCUUCGAAAUGUAAUUGCAGAAAAGCGCAUUAUCAAAUCGGAAUGCAAGGACCAGCUUAACAGUCUCGAGAAAAUGGAACGUUAUAUCAAGGAAAAGGAGCAGGAUAUCAAGCGGCGGCUGCAACAGUUGGAAAAGGACGAAGCUAACGUUACGGCUUUGUUGCCAUCUACCAGCACCAAGCGGAUUAAGUCAUCGGAAGAGAAAACUAAGGAACCAACCAGUGGUACCAAGUCGGAGCAGAGCGGCCGUGCCAGUGGUAGCGGAAGCAAGCAUCGCGUAUCACCCAUCCGAAUGGAAAGUUCGUCCGGCAGUCAAAGGAUUAGCACCCAUACAACGACGGUAGGAAAAAUUCCCACCUACACGGGUAAUAGCAUGCCAAUGUCAGACCAGAUGCGUUCCGUUUCGCCUUCAGAUCGUUUGGCUCACGAACGGUACAUGCAAAUACGGGUGGAAAAAAUUGCUAUUACACAGGAGUUGGAUUCACUGCGGCAACGGUUUGACUAUCGCAAAGGAUCACGGGUGGAUGCGUUACGGGAUCUUCUAGCAGGGUUGAACCGCGAGCAACGGGAAAUACAGAUACAGCUGGAAGCGAAGCGACGCUUCAGGAUGCCAGAAGACUUAAACUUUGCAGGAAGCUCGUUCGAUGUCUCACCUUCACCACCACCAAGGCGGUACAAUCAUCGGUCUUUAUCGCGGUCUCGUUCGCCGUAUCGUUCACCAUCUCGAUCACGCUCACGAUCCCGGACGUCUGGUAGAUAUGUACGUUCGCGCUCACGUUCGCACCGUUCCCGCCGUUUGACGCGAUCCCGGACCCGAUCACCGUUGCGAUGGUCACGCGCAUCCCGGUCGCCGUCUCCUCAAAGCUCCCGUCAUAACCGCCGCCGAACCAGGACUACGUCGAGGGAAUCUAGAUCACCACUGAGACGCAGCAAUUGCAACGAAAGAGAAAUGUACAACAUUGGACGCUACCAUCCAGGCCAUCUGAAGCACAGUGUAUAUGUUGGAAACGUUAGCUGCCUGGUGACCGAAAGGGAAAUCGAAGACAUGUUCGCCCGUUUCGGCCGGCUUUCAAAUGUCGAUUUUUCUCGUUACAAACGAAACGGCGAAAUUUAUUUCGAUUACACCAAUCGCGAGCAUGCGUUUAAAGCACUGGAAAUGAACAACGUUAAAAUAUCGGGUCGCCGUCUGCGGGUGGCUUUCAAUAUGGAUAAACCAGCGAUCCGAGAGGGAUACACAGUUUACUUUAUAUUGAGACAACCGACCGAUGAGCAGACAAUCUAUGAAUCAUACGCAUCGUACGGCGAGAUUGAUUUUAUAUGGUAUCCAGAGAAAGAAUUAUUCGGUACCGUUUCAUUCCGACGGACUGACGAUGCAAACGAUGCACUUGCAGUGAAUAAGCUCAUCAAUGGAACACCGAUAACUUCGAGACCGUUUGUAGAUCGGGUAAAUUUCGCUAAAAGAAAGAUCGCUACCUAA